CGCCAAUUCAUUCAAUUCUACUUUCAGUAAGAACUACGCGGUCUCCAUCCGUGUUCUUUCUGCUUUUGGUUGCUGAGAUACCCCAAAGAAGGCAAUAUGGAGAAGAUCAAGAACAUCCUGUCUCACGGUCAGGACAAGGAGGGCGGCUCUGCACAAGGUCGACACGACACUCCUACCACUGCCGAGUUCGACCGCUCGCAAACGGGAGGAUUGGCUGGCGAAGGCAGUCACUUGACAGGCGCGAACACGUCUACUGAGGCAUCGGGAGAGCACCAUCCCAUUUACGACCAAUUCGCCAAAGGCCCACAUGAAAACAUGAGCAAUGCAAGCAUCAAGUCCGGCGUCAUUGGCUUCCCGCAGGGCGCCGAUGAUAGCCAUGCCGCACGACCGAACAACAACCCGUUCGAGCAGAAGCAGCAUGGAAGCAAUCAGCCUGGCGCAGGUGGCGAUCUGUCAGGUACAAAAGCUGGCAGUCAGGGAUCGGGUCUCCAACAGGGUGCGGCAGCUGGCACUGCUGCAGUAGGUGCCGGAGUACUGGCAGAACACGAAUCGCGAUCUCAGCCUCAGGAACCACCUCGCAAAGUGUCGCCUAACGAGCGCGGGCUUUAUCCUUUGGAUGCAGAUUUGGAUGCCGAGGAUCCGAACUACAAGGCCGGCGGUCAGGCAUCUGGUCUCCAACAGGGUGCGGCAGCUGGCACUGCUGCAGUAGGUGCAGGAGCAUUAGCAGAACACGGAUCGCGGACUCAUCAUCAGGAACCACCCCUAAGCGGGCCCAACGAGAGAGGGCUUUAUCCUCUGGAUGCAGACUUGAAUGCGGAGCAUUCGAGCUCCAUGGCUGCUGGUCAACCUCCGCAGAUCAAUCUGCAGAGACAGGAGUCUGAUGUAGGGCCCGACUCUGGUCGGUCGUUCCCACUUGCUGGCGGUGUCGCGCAUCAAAACCCGCAGACGAGCACAGGCACCAGUGCACGCGAACUGGGCACCCAGGUGAGGGAAGCUGGACUUUCCGACAGCGCCGGCCGCGAGGGUCUUGCUGGUGCUGCUGCCGCCGCUGCAGCGACAUCAGUCAUCCCUCAACACGAUGGUAGGAUCGAACCGAAUCUGCAGGCUAAGACCGUAGACCAGUCCGCACCCGAGCAUCACUACGGAAGAGAUGCUGCGGUUGGUGGAGGUCUGGGAGCAGCUGGAGUGGGUGCUUACGAGGCAACAAAGCAUGGGACCGAGCAAACUCAGUCAACAACCCCAGCCCAGUCUGCGAAUAUUCAAGGUCGAGGAUUAGAGCAGCCUGCACCCGAGCAUCACUACGGACGAGAUGUUGCGGUAGCCGGUGGCUCGGGAGCAGCUGGAGCAGGCGCCUACGAGGCAGCAAAACGCCACCAGACAUCUCAGCCAACAAACCCAGCUCAGUCUGCUAACAUCCUAGAUCGAACAGUGGAGCAGCCUACACCCGAACAUCACUAUGGACGAGAUGCUGCGGUAGCUGGAGGUUUGGGAGCGGCGGGAAUUGGUGCGUAUGAAGCAUCAAAGCGUCACCAGACCCAGCCAACUCAGACCACUGGUCAAUCUGCGAACCCUGAUGCGUUGGCUGCUGCCAGAGCAGCAGCAGCAGACGAGCACGGCUGGACCCAUGAGCAUAAAGGACUUGGUCAUGACUAUAGGGGAGACCCCUGUGACACGCAGCAGGACAAGUCACCUGCAGAGCGUGGUCUUUUGUUCACCUCAGGGCCUCACGCAACAGACACCGCGAACAGGACCGACCCCAAGCUCCACAUUCCUGGCGAGUUUCCCAGCCCGACACCAGUGGAAGAGUCGAACGCGUCGUCCUACGUUUCGAGCAAGCCGACUGCAAAGACCACUCCAUCUGCAUUUGCGGAACCCGAAUUGCGCCACACGGGCUCUCUAGAUGAGCCCCAGGCUCGAUCGGCAGGACAGCCUACAUCGGAGCAUCAAUACGGCAGAGAUGCCGCAAUUGCAGGAGGCUUGGGAGCGGCCGGAGUAGGCGCCUAUGCGGCAGGAAAGCAUCACGACAAGGAUUCUGCAGAUGUGGGCAGCGAAAUUUUCCCUAACGAGCCAAACCCAUACACCAAGAAUCCGGUGGACCCCCGACUUGGCACCACCUCCAAAGUUGGCUUCACAGAGCAAAGAUUUGAUACCGCGGCUUCAUCAAACCGCAGCCCGCGCAACGCUGUUCUCACUGGCGGCGCAAUUGGGUCCUCUCAGCCAUCCACUCAGGAAGCCCCCAAAGCCCCUGAACUGUCCAAUAAGGAAUACCCUUCGGCUGGACAAGACGUCAAGUCCGAUUCGCAGCACCACUAUGGCCGCGACGCCGCAACAACCGCAGGCCUGUACGCCAGCCAGCGCGACGCUGAGCCGGCUUCUGGUCCAGCAUCAUCUACCAUCGGACCUCACAAGAGCAAUGUCGCCAAUGUGCUUGAUCCGAGGGUACAGCCCGAUCCUGAGCUGCAGAAGCAUAACAACGCUGCUCCCACGGUUGAGGACCCCGCGCCUUCGACUGUAGGACCGCAUAAGAGCGAUGUUGCGAAUAUCGUAGACCCCAGAGUGCUUCCUGACCCGCAGAAGCAGAAGGCUGUUUCCAAGGAAGAGACCCGAGACCAGCAACACCACUACGGACGCGAUGCUGCCGUUGCAGGUGGCGCAGGAGCUGCCGGCUAUGGAGCUUAUGAAGUCGCAAAGUCGUACGGCGACCACCCCAGCACGCAACCCAGUGCUGCUAUGAACGACCAGCGGUACGACCCUUCAGCCCGUGGUGCACACGCCCCCGGUACUACGGCACCUGCCACUUCUUCUCAAGAGCAACAUCACUACGGCCGUGAUGCCGCGGUUGCCGGUGGGCUUGGGACUGCUGGGGCAGGAGCUUAUGCUUCCAACCGUGACCACCAGCUGGAGCAUACACAAGCUAUCCCCGGAGGACACGGUUUGGGCGAACAGAGGUACGACCCCUCGGUGUCCACCCAGCAAGCCAGUGCACCCCAGAGCCAGCACCACUAUGGCCGCGAUGCCGCCGUUAUUGGCGGAGCAGGUUCCCUAGGCACUGGAGCGUACGCUGCUACUCGUGAUCAUUCGCAGCCUCAGCAACCUUCUGCCGCUCAGGGUUAUCAGCAACCUUCCGCUGCUCAAGGAUACCAACAGCCGCCUAUCGCCCAGUCUACCGCUCCCACCCAACAACCCGGUGCGUCUCAAACUCAGCACCACUAUGGCCGCGACGCCGCCGUCGUCGGCGGGGUUGGAGCUUUAGGCGCAGGAGCAUAUGCUGCUACCCGUGACCACCCCAUGUCUCAGCAACCGUCUGCUGCUCAGGGAUACCAGCAGCCUUCUACUGCCCCCUCCUCGCAAGACCAGACCCAACCCGGCACCUACCCGCCCCAGGAUCCCUCCCAAAAAGAAGCCCACACCAAACGCAACGCCGCCCUCGGCGCCGGCGGCCUAGCCGCCGCAGGCGCAGGCGCGUACGGCCUCUCGCAGCACGAUGCCCAGAAGGAGCAAGAGCGCCAGCUCAAGGAACAGCAGAAAGCUCAACAAAAAGCCCUGCACGAGCAGCAGAAAGCAUCCGAGAAAGCCGCUGCCGCCGACCAAAAGCACCACGACAAGCUUGUCGCGGCUACCGAGAAGAAGCACGCGAAGGAGGCGGAGCACAAAGAGCGUGAGCACGCGAAGGAGCUUGACCGCCGCGAAAAGGAGAGACUGGAGCAGGAACGCGCGGCGCAGGCGGCGAGCACAACGUUCAUGGUGCCGCAGGGCGAGAGGGAGUAUCCCGAUGGCUCGACCGAGGCGCGCCAAGCCCAGAGCAAUUCUCCGCCCAAGGAGAAGAAACACCGCAUUCUCACCUUCCUUAACAAGAAGGACAAAGACGCCCCCCGCAGCGGCAGCGAUGAUACCUCUCCACGUGGGUCUCGCGACAGCCCGCGCCACAGCAAGGAGUACGCUGCCGGUGCUGCGGGUGUCGGUGCUGCAGGCGUGGGCGCUGCGGCCCUCGCAGAAGACGACCACGAGGGGCGCUACCUCGCGGAGAAAAAGGGCAGGCACGUUCUGCACAAGGAACCGCCAAAGAACCAUCCCGCGUACGAAACACACACGCACGAUCCCGUGGGCAAGCGCGAGCACACAGGCACUGCUGGGCCCAUCGGCGACCCCAACCUCGUCUCCGGCGACCACCAAACCCGCUCAGGCGUAGGCGCACAUCCCGCGGCCGACGCCGUCGGCGGCCAUCACACCGUCACAGAGCCGCAUACCGGCCUGCCCGUGAACGUGGACAAGUACGGCGAUGGGCACGGUGGCACGGACGCGAGCAGGACCAUCCCGGGCGUGCAUGAGGCGCCGGGACAGACGACGGACUGGGAUGCCAUCAAGAAGAAGGAUACGCUUUUCUAAGUCGAAACUCGGAGAGGGGGUCGGACGACGGGUGGAACCUAAUGCGCCUUUGGCAUCAGAUUAUGCGAUGAUGGAUUGGGUGUAGGCGAUGGGGACGGUUCAAGCACUGGCUGCGUUUACGAGCACAUGAAAGUAUACGACAUCAUGAUUGGCAGGAUAGCAAGG